AUGAAGCCGCUUAUGACCCAGCUGGUGCAUGAGACCCAGACGAGUUUCGUCCACGGGCGGCAAAUUACUGACAAUAUUUGUAUUUUGCAAGAAGUUGUUCAUUCGAUGAGAGCUAAGACGGGAAGAUUCGGGUGGAUGACUCUAAAAAUUGACUUGGCAAAAGCAUACGAUCGUAUCCAGUGGAUCUUCGUUCGUGAUACUCUGGUUGCUGCGAAAGUCCCCCAGGAAUUCAUCGAGCUAACAAUGAGCUGCAUCACUACCGCUAGCAUGCAGAUUCAAUGGAAUGGUGGGCUAACAGAGGAGUUUAGGCCAUCGAGGGGUCUACGACAAGGCUGCCCUCUUUCCCCGUAA